CAUCUGUCAUUUUAUUCCUAAAUUGUUGCUAUAGCAAUGUCAUACAAUGUUUAAUAGUUUUAUAGUAUGUAUUUUUCAUUAUUAAAAGCGACGGAUUUUAUUCUUUGCCUCACUGGCUUGUUUCUAAAUACUGAAGGCACCUUGCGUAGAAGUGGGGGAAGAAAUGAGGACACUAAUAGUGCUUUACAAACCAAAACUGGAUCGAAAGGGUUUGCACUUACUGGCUAUUUAGCAUCACUAAUGGAUUACUCCUACGUUGUUUCGUAUCAUUACAAAGAAUCAGGUAGACUGUUCUGCAGUGGCUUUCUUAUUAGUCCAUACUGGACAAUAUCUGUCCCUAAUUGUUUCCAUAUACCAAUAUACUAUUAUCGAAACAGAGAAACACUCAGAGUUAGGAAGCGGAAAGUUGACGAGUACCCUUAUGGUAGUUUGUCUCUCAAAGAUUCAUUAACUGUAAAACCCAAAGAAUAUUCAAAGAAAGAACUGAGAGAACUUAAAAAAAUUGUACCCCUCAAAGCAGAGAAUGUUGUAGUAUUAACUGUUUUCGACAAAACUUACAUACCAUGUGAAAGUGAAUAUGCUAGAACUGGUAGUGAAAUAGUAAUUCAUAACAGCUAUGAAACAAUAUCUCACAAUGCAGAAAUCGCUCUAUUGAAGGUUGCUGAUGCUCUGACAAAUGAUUUUGGUUUAAAAAUACCAAAUAUUGGUCCUAUAUCUAUGGAAGAUGAUGAGCCAACUUUAUGCCACGUUGCUGGGUAUGGCACAUUAAAAUUAAACAGAACUAUAUACUCUCAUCCAAUGUUAAGCAUUAUUGAUGUUGAAGUUUUUGCUCCAAAUAUGUGCCAAAUCAUAUCGAAGACUUAUAACGUAACAAUCAAUGCUGACCCCACCAACUAUGUAUGCUCUUAUAACAAGAAAUAUAGAUAUGGAUCACCUCUUUCUCAGGGUGACAGCGGAGCUCCUCUAAUCUGUGGUGACAAGAUCGUUGGAGUGAGCCAGUGGAUAUUCAGCCCUGCUCCAGGAUAUCUCUCAUUUGGGCCUUCACAACCCACUCCUCAUAUCUACACCAGACUUGGUGUCUAUUUGCCUUGGCUUUUAAAUUAUACAGAUAAAAAUUUAGAUAAUAAAGUUCUUAUGGUUAGGAGAACUGAAGAAGUUAAUAAGUCUAUUCCUUCAUCCGAUCUUGAUUAUAGAAUUGUGGUGUUAAUAAUGGUUAUCCAACAGUAUCUCAAUGAUGUAAUUUAACCAAUCAAUAUGUAUGAUAAUAAAUUAUGAAACUGUAAUAAAGCAAUU